UAGACCAUAAAAGCAGAUGCCUCUCGAGCAGUAUCGCACCUUCAAGUAUCGUCCGAGACGUGUCCGGUGGUGGUACGGUAGAGACGACAGCAAUAGACCAGGACAGGGGGGAGGGGGUCAUCUGUGAUGCAUGCCCAGGAUGCGAUGAUGUGUGCUCUCAAGUGAAGACCUGUUGUACUGUGUGUAGGAUUAAAGUGGAAGCCGCUGACCAGAGGAAUCCAUCAAGAGGAUAUUCAAUGAAGAGUUUCUCCUCUCGAGGAGGACCCUUACGUGAGUUUACCACAUGUCAAGUACAACGGCAUAAUAAGGUGAAUGAUUGUUGGAUAUGUGCCCAUGGGAGAAUAUACGACGUUAGUGAGUUUAUGUUCCAACACGCUGCGGGUAUUCGGCCUUUAAUGCAACGAGCUGGUGGUGUUCAGGAUGCGAGUGUAGAUUAUGACUUCCAUUCAUCGAGGAGUCGCCAUAAUGAAUGGAGGAGAUUGUGUAUUGGCCGAGUUGUACCCUGCCCUUUACGAGGAGAUCCCUAUGGAGUCACUAAAACGUCAUCAUCUUCUGAGGGUAGCGGUUGUGGCAUUAUGUGAAGCAUUAAAAGAUGCUCCUUCACGGGCCCUUUCCUCCUCGGCAUUAUUUAUUUCUAUUCAUUGGUAACACUCCUGUAUAUCCUUUAAUAAUAUCAUUCAUACCACCACCACCACCGCCGCUACCACCUUGAAAAUGUAAUCGCCGUUAUCCAUAAACCCGCAGCGUGGCCUCCUAUGAGCAGUAUCGUCAUCUGCAAUGCCU